CCUUCAAGGAAGCAUCGCAUUCAUCACCUACUGAAAAAAAAACUUAAAACAAAAAUGUCUCAAAUGCACAAUACCGUGUUUUACAAGGACGCUCUGGAAAUAAGCCUGCCACCGAUGGAGGAACGGGAACCGAACUAUAUCGACAACCUGCACAUUAUAUUCUUCGAGCAGAUCUUCGAAGAGAUCGAUAACCUGAGCGAUCAGGUUAGGAUGGCCAGGGCAUAUCCGCAAUUUAUGCCCCAGAUCCUCAAGUUCUGGCAGCGGCGAUUGCACUUGAUCAUUGGACCGAAUACACCAUUCCUGGGAAUCCUGGACAUCGAGGACUAUGUCUUCUUCAUGGAACACAUGGCUGAUAGCUUCACUGAUCUCCAUGUCCACGAUGGCGUUGGUUCCUUUGCUGAGUUCUACGAUUACAUCACACAUUUGUGCGACAUCAACAUCACAAGGUUUCCCAAGGUAGAGACUUGCAUAUUGGCAGGAAAUCCGAACACAGUUGUGGAUGAAGAUAUCAGGGAUUUGACAGUGAUAUUGCCAAAUCUUAAACGCCUUAUGACCUGCAUGAACAUAUCUGGUUUGUACAUGCGUGGAUUCAAGAAGUUGGAGGAGCUGAUUUUCAACUCAUUGUACCACUCGGUGCCACUGGACAGCCGCUGGAUGCAGGAUAUCUGUUUGAAUAUGACCACACUGAGGGUCCUCGACAUCACCGAUCAGUUCGACAGUUGCGUCAGACUCGCCGACAUUAAGUUGCCCAAUCUGGAAGUACUGAAAAUCAACCUCAGCACAGUCGAGUGCAUUUUAUCGGAAGUAUUGCAGUUGCCCAAGUUGCAAAAGUUAUCCGUACGAUUCGAUGAUUCCCGGCAAUUGAAUGCGGAUGAGGAGACCAUCUUCCAGCAAAUUGUGGUGGCCAAAAGCGAUCGGAUAACCAGGAUUGCUCUCAAUAACGAAGUGGUGCAGCUGCCAGCUCGCUGGCAAAACAGCCUGGUUUUGGAGCUGCCCAAGCUGAGAAAGUUGGUGUGUGAGAAUUGGUAUCACAACGACUUCUUCCUGGAGCGCCAGCAGAUGCCCUGCCACCAAAUGGAGGUGAUCAGCUUCAGCGGCUGGGAGAUCGUGAGGGAAUAUCAGCUCCUCGAAUUGGUCACCGAGUGUGUCAACCUGGAGCACUUGGCUCUAAAUAGCUACCACAGCAACUGGGAGAAACUGAUCAAGUUGGAGAACAUUCGCAACCUGGAAAGGAACAAGAAGCCCCUGCAAGUUUUCAGCGACAUGAUGUGGGGCAACUUCACACCCGAGGAAUAUUACCACUGGCAGUGCAACAAAUAUGUUCAAGUGACCUGCGACAACAGCGAAUACGAUUACCAGGAGGAUGGCUUCGAAUUCGAUUUUGAGUAAAAAAAAGCUACUCAUUAACAGCGGAUUGUAUAUAUACACACUAUCUAAUAUUUUCUAUGAAUUUGUAAUUUUUUUUGUUGUAAAUAAAUAAAACGCAC